UGUUGUCAUUCAUUUGCCUCGAAAAUUUUUCAUACUUUUGCAGAAGGGUUGGGAUAAGAAAAGAAAACCAAGCAGAAGCAGGAGUGUGUGUGAUCUACCUAGGAAGUAAUAUAUGUUGGGACUUUUCCUCUGAUAUGUUGCGAUCAGUGUUAAACUCUUGUUUAAAAACAGGAGGGCUGAUCCCUCUCUGUCAGAAUUUGGGAAAACACACUCUGCUGACAAAUCAGUUGACUAGAUGUCUUAGUUCAGUUGUGUCCCAAAACCGUUUAGCCCCUUCAAUCAAUGAUCACACUGUGUGGAAAACACCUUCAAACAUUUGUGCACCUCAACUUACUGCUCUUCCAGUACUUCACCAGCCUUCUCGAUCUGUAACUAAAUGGACAUUUGGAAGCCAAAAACGGCAAACUGUUAGAGCAGUAACUGCUCGUUUUAAAAGAUUGGAUUGGGGAAUUUGGAUUCGUCGCAUUGCAGGUUGCCACAAGAAGCGUUGGAAGUAUUCUAAUAAGAACCAGAUGAAGAACCAACGGCAUGUGUUUGUUCGAUUCGUUAGAUCUAGAAUGCUUGAUAGGAUGGUAUCAAGCUACUGGCGUACACCGAAGUAUUAUGUAGAUGACCCAUAUGCACCCUACCAUAAAAGAGAAGAGUUCAUGUACACACGUAAGAAUCCACGUCCCUUACCUCCUGGGGUUUCUUUUAGUAAUGAGGGUUAAUUAUUUUGUAUACUACAUUGUCUGAUGUUAAAUGCAAGGAAAUGUUGAAAGUUUUGAGAAUUUGUAAAAAAUAUAAUAUGAACCAGUCCAA